AGAGUAUCGAAUCCUCCAAAAGACGCCUUACCUGUCUGGGGUCUUUGCAGGCUCUCUUUUCUGGGUUGGUUUCAGAUAUGCCUUCUACUUGCUACCUGCGACGUUUUCCUCAUCACCGAUUUCCAACAUCUCCUUCACCGUAUUCUUUUCUCUGACGGCAUACUUCUAUUUCUGUGCGAUGACCGAAGAUCCAGGUUUUGUUCCGAAGAUGAGCAGCAGGAAUCAGCAACGAGCCGUAGUCACCGAAUUAUUCGAGCAGUGGAAAUUUGACGAGGAAAAUUUCUGCGUCUUGUGUAUGAUUCGAAAGCCUUUGCGAAGCAAGCAUUGUAAGCGUUGUGGGCGUUGCGUCGCAAAGCAUGAUCAUCAUUGCCCAUGGAUCGACAACUGUGUUGGCGCGAACAAUCUGCGGCACUUCGUCUCGUAUAUCAUCUGCUUAGAAAUCGGCAUCAUCUUGUUCUUGCGCCUGACAUUCAAUUAUAUCAACGUUCUUCCAGCUCCAGCGAAUCCACAGUGCAAUGUCAUAAAUGAUGCAUUGUGUGAUCUUGUACUCCGUGACACAUUUACUCUAGUUCUCGAUAUCUGGGUGGUCAUUCAGCUGGUCUGGAUAACUAUGCUCUGUGCCGUUCAGCUUGUCCAAAUCUCCCGAAACCAGACGACUUACGAAAACAUGAGGGGCCAUUCGAUUGACCGGAGUUAUCCAAGCUCACGAGCAUUUGCCUCGGCUGUGACGGCAGGUACGACAUCGUUAGAUGCAGCUGGCCUCUCUUCGGCCGGUCAAGGUCCCAAUCCGGCUCUGGCGCAAAAUGUUUCACAUAGGCACCAACGGAAUGGCUGCCUGCAACAAUGGUCCUCUCUUUUGGGAGUUGAUACAUUCUUUGCAACAGCGCGGGACGGAUUACGGGACGGCCCACGUACCGCCCGGCCAAAGAAUCCCUUUUCCCGUGGCAUUGUCACUAACUGUCAGGAUUUCUGGUGCGACCCUGCUCCCUACUUCGGACGACGAGAGCCAGGUUCUGCCAUGCUCGGCGGUGAAGUUGUCAAUUACAACCGAAUGUAUGAGAUUCCAUUGCGAAUGCACAGCGGCGGGGGCUACCGUAGCCUGGCCGACAAUGACCUAGAGCAAAAUGCUUAAAUCAUCUCUCUUCCUUCACGACUUCAGAGUCGUUGAAUCAAGAACCUGAAACUAUGACGGUCUCAUGCUUGGGAGAUGGCAAUCGUUACCUGUUCUUGGCUCAUCACUGUCUCAGUAUAUUAUGCUUUGCAUACUCGAAUUAUAUUCUAGAUGAUAGCCACCGAUGGCCUCGGCACAUGAGGAUUGUAUGGAUAUUUGAAGUUGACACCUGCGCUUGAAUCUGGUGAAACUGCGAUUGAUGGAUCUCUCAUAAUCAUACCUAGAACAGUGCCAUGACGAAGGGUCAGAGCCACAAAAGGGGGGUUCAAUUCCAGCGCAGAGACUGUAAAGAAAGCUGCAGAGAGCUCUCGGAGCCGAAUAGGGACUGGGCGUAUGUAUGCCCAGUGUAUAAGCACAAGUGGAAAAUCGCAAACAUUCGUUCAUG